CAAAAAGUUGCAACCUAGUCACUGCUGCUGCGUAACGGAACGGCGAGUGUUCGCGAGUUUCUACAAAAUUUAGCCACGGUUGAGGUCGAUUUUGACGCCUAAAAGUAGACUGCACUUCGUUUAAUAAUUUGUGCAUCGGUUCGACUCGAAUUCUAACGAAUAAUGCUUAGAUAAUCUCCGUAGCAGUGGAAUCUGUUUUGUUUCUUCCCAUCACAUAGCACCAACCAACGAAGGCGUUUCCCCGUUUAAUCGGUCUGUACUGCACAGGGCUUCCCGAGAGAAAAUAGGGAUAUCAUGUUUGAAAAACGUGUUUGAAUAUUGCAUAAGUUCAGGCAGCUGCAGAAAACGCGAUGAGGUUCAAACAGUUUCUGCUAUCGCUAACGAUAGCAGUUCAAUAUUAUUUUGGAAUUGCAAACGGUUCCGAAGAUGAGGAACGUUUGGUGCGAGAUCUUUUUCGCGGGUACAACAAACUGAUCCGACCCGUCCAAAAUAUGACUCAGAAGGUGGACGUACGCUUCGGGUUGGCUUUCGUGCAGUUGAUCAACGUUAACGAGAAGAAUCAAAUCAUGAAGUCCAACGUGUGGUUACGAUUGGUGUGGAGCGACUACCAACUUCAGUGGGACGAGGCCGAUUAUGGUGGCAUAGGCGUGCUACGUCUUCCCCCGGAUAAGGUCUGGAAGCCGGAUAUAGUGUUGUUCAACAAUGCCGACGGUAACUACGAAGUGAGAUACAAAUCCAACGUGCUAAUCUAUCCUAACGGGGAAGUCCUGUGGGUACCGCCGGCCAUCUAUCAGAGUUCCUGUACGAUCGAUGUCACUUACUUCCCAUUCGAUCAGCAAACGUGCAUCAUGAAGUUCGGUUCGUGGACAUUCAACGGUGAUCAGGUUUCACUCGCGCUCUACAACAACAAGAACUUCGUCGAUCUGUCCGAUUACUGGAAGUCCGGUACGUGGGAUAUCAUCGAAGUUCCGGCCUAUCUAAACGUAUACGAGGGCAACCCUACCGAAACGGACAUCACCUUCUACAUCAUCAUCCGCCGGAAGACCCUGUUCUACACCGUCAACUUGAUUCUGCCAACCGUGCUGAUUUCGUUCCUUUGCGUACUGGUGUUCUAUCUACCGGCCGAAGCCGGCGAGAAAGUAACCUUAGGCAUUAGUAUUCUGCUGUCACUGGUUGUGUUCCUGUUGUUGGUAUCGAAAAUUUUGCCACCGACCUCGCUCGUACUGCCACUGAUUGCCAAGUAUUUGCUCUUCACCUUCAUCAUGAACACCGUAUCCAUCCUGGUGACGGUCAUCAUCAUCAACUGGAACUUCCGAGGGCCGCGCACCCACCGGAUGCCGAUGUGGAUCCGGUCCGUCUUCCUGCACUACCUGCCAGCCAUGUUGCUCAUGAAGCGCCCCCGAAAAACCCGGCUCCGGUGGAUGAUGGAAAUGCCCGGCAUGAGUAUGCCACCGCAGCCGCACACCCAUCCGUCGUACGGUUCGCCGGCGGAAGUUCCGAAACACAUCAGCGCGCUCGGCGGCAAGCAAUCCAAGAUGGACGUGAUGGAGCUGUCCGAUUUGCACCAUCCGAACUGCAAAAUGAACCGCAAGAUGAACAGCGGCGAUAUCGGCCUGGGAGCGGACUCGUGCCGCCGGGAGAGCGAGAGCUCGGACUCGAUUCUGCUGUCGCCGGAAGCGAGCAAGGCCACCGAAGCGGUCGAGUUCAUCGCCGAGCAUCUGCGGAACGAGGAUCUGUACAUUCAGACCCGCGAGGACUGGAAGUACGUAGCGAUGGUGAUCGAUCGACUGCAGCUGUACAUCUUCUUCAUCGUAACCACUGCCGGCACGGUUGGAAUUCUGAUGGACGCCCCGCACAUCUUCGAGUACGUCGACCAGGACCGUAUCAUCGAAAUCUACCGGGGCAAGUAAGCAAUGCGGAACGACGUGCAACCGUGUCAUCGUCGUCGUCGUCUAGGUUGGAAUGUUAGGUUAACAUUUGCUCAAAAUAAAACAAAUGGGUCACUUUUUUACGUACGGUAUAUUGUAGUGAAGAGGAUAUUCGAACAUGGGACGUGUCGAAAUGUGUGAGCAGGAUUUUAAAUGUAAUCGUUGAUAGAAAAAUUUCUGAUGGUUAGCAAAAAAAACGUUAGGAAACAACCAAAAUUACGUCACGCAUUGAAAGAUGUAGAUGUAACACAAAUUGAGAUAAAUUCAUGCAAGCAAUCUGGCGUGGCGUAAUCAAUGGAUUUCCCCUUUAGUUAAAUGUACGUUCUAUGAAAAAACAAUGUUCUUUGUUGUUUCCAUUGUUUAGUUUAUCACACUGUUUCUAGGCUCAAUAUUAGCACAAAUGUUUGCGAAACGACUUUGACACUGACGUCAGUUGGAGAUGCCAAAUUUUGUUCUAGAAGCCAACUUAAGGCAAACCGAAAACAAAAAUUUCGAGCUCACUUUUUAACUAGGAUUAUUUGGAGGGUCAAUUUGGGUUUUCUUGAUAGUCGAAAUGGUUAAAACACUAACAUAUGAUGAUAUCACUGAAUCUAACUAUUUGACGUAUAUUGCAAUGCUAAGCCAUUUCUCAGAAAAAUAGGAAGGAAACGAAAUUUUGACUUUGAAGAUAAAAAAUAAAUACUGCAACGAGAAGAACUAAGCUUAACGUGAGACACUUCGAUAACUUUUUUCGAAAUAGUAGUACAUAAACACUCGCAACAAAACACUCACACAAAGAAACAAGAGAGGCAUAAUGGAAAAUAAACAAUUAUUUCAAUACAAUAAUUAGAAUACAUCAAACCGCCAGAAAAUGACGAAAUAAUAAAAUAAAUAACCGGAUUGAAAAAAAAUACUCACAAUCGACAAUUUCAUGAAGCGGCAAAUUUUGAAAGACAGGUGUUAUUACUAACUACACUUAACACUAAAAUUAAAAUACGGAUGAUAAAACAAAACGCUAGCAGUAAACGAUUUUUGUGCACAAAACAUAAACCUAAUAACGAUAUAAGAGCAGUAUAGGGAGAAUAAAACAGACAACCAAUAAAGAGAUAAAACAAAAUUGACAUUCACAUAACAUGUUGUAUGGUAAGCAUUUUUAAGAACAAGAAAACAACAUCAAAAGGGGUAAAAUAAUAAAAUUUAAACAAUAGUUCGUAUUUAA